GUCUCUCUAGGUGGGGUGCAGGGAUGUGGGACCUAAUGCGGCCACGAAGCUCGGCCCACUUACCGCGAUUGUCGAAAUCCAACAACCAACCUAUUCCGAACUCUGUAUCUGUAUCUGUUACUUGACAUCAAAACAUCGUUUCAACCCAACGCAACUGCCACCGGCGGGUGACUCCCCAGCUUCUCGUCGCGCUCGAAAAUAAAUCAGCAACCUGGCAUGGCGACAAACGAUGACGACAGUAAGGCCUCGGCGAGAGACGAAUUGUCGGAUUCUCUCAGCUCAGACGAAAGUGACAAUGACAACAAAACAAAUAACAACGAUGAUGAUGAUGGCGACAGCGAUACGGGCGGCGAGCCGCAGCAGAUUGAAUGGCUUGCCACAACGCGUGCCAGGCGGUCAACGGCCGGAAACCGCCUGAAGGCCAUGUUGGCAAAUGAGAAGCCGCUCGCUGCCGUUGAUGACGAGGACGACCUCGAACUCCUGUUCGCCGAAGACGAAGACGACGCGGGCUUUACUGAUGAUGCCAAGGAAGAUGCCUCGGACGUGCAGAUGGACUCGUCCUCUGACGAGGAGGACCAAGGGGGCGCCGCCGACGACGAUCUAGAAGGCGAGAAAGAGCUGGAGCGUCAGGCGCAAGAGAAGAAGCUGGCCCAGCGCAAACGGAAGGCGAACGAAGCCAUCCCCGAAAAGUUCAGGAAAAGGGUCCGCAUCAAACCGCCGCCUACUGCAACCGGCUCGGCUAGCCCCAGCUCGGCCACCCCGGUGCCGUCCAACCCUAGGCCGAAGAAGAAGUCGGAGAGGCUUAGCUGGCUGCCCUCGACGAACGACAAGCCAGUUCGAGCUUCAGAGCGUCAGACCACGAAAGAGAGCAAGGAACAGCUCCUCCAGAAAAUGGUCGAAGAUGAGGUCAAGCGCAAGAAGACGCAGGAGAAUGCGGAGAAGAACGCCAAAAGGCAAGAAGCUUCGAAGAAGCCCCCAAUGACUCAAGCAGAGCGCAUGCAGGAAGCGGCCCUUGUCGAGAAAAGGAAUUCCAAGAGUCUGAAUCGAUGGGAGGUGGCCGAGAAGCAGAGAGAAGAGGAACGCCUGAGGAGAAUUGCGGCACUCAACAACCGUAAGCUUGACGGGCCUGUGGUGACUUUCUGGAGCGGCAUCCAAAAGCUCGAGGAGGGGCAGCAGAAGCACGUGGGCAACUUGGUGUCGAUUGAGGAGAAAGCGCCGCGAAAAAAGAGACAACCAGCUGCUGCUACUCUCGCGGCCCGAGAGGCAGAGAAAGCAAAGGCCGGGGACACGUCAAAGCCGCCUUCGCCGACCGAGACUGCCGACCCGAAGCCCGCCAAUGCCGGUUUGGGCUUCGAUGCUACACCGGAAGUCGUACCGGUCAUCAAGCCGGAAGAGGCGCCUGACCCGUUGCUUCCGUCGUAUGUGCCGCUCUCAACCGCCGCCGAGCCACCGGUGCCACCACCUCCAGUUCAAAUCACAUCGACAACUAAUGACGCACCCCAGGAGCCGCCUGCCGUAGCGGCAGUACCGUCGCUCAAUACUUCCCCGCCUAUUCCCCCGCCCAUAGAUACCAAACAGCCCUCGGCAGUGCUUGCUGCUCCUAUUCUCGCACCACCAUUCGGGGCGACGCCUCCCAUGCUAGGCGGCCAGAUGCCCAUGCUCGGGUUUUCGGCCUCCAACGGGAAAUCCAAUGUACUCGCGCACCCCAACACAUCACAGGGGCCAUCCCCUUUCUCCUUGCCGGCAACUACUUCAGUUAUAAAUACCCCUGCUACCCCUACGCCAGCGCCAGCGCCGGUGUCAACACCGACGCCAUCGGUACCUAAGACACCCGCUCCUCCGUCGUCGAGUACCUCUGCGCCUGCGGCACCGCCUCCUCUUGCUCCUCUUACUCCUCUCACUCCUCUUACACCUUUUACUACUCUACAGCCAACCCAGGGCAAAGCCCAGCCUGCCCCAAGCGGUCCAGAUACGCCUCAGGAAACAUCAGCCCAACCUGCGCGUGAAGGAAAAGUGACUCGCAGCUGUAUCAUCCUCCAGAACUUUGACGAGAACGCGAUUAAAGAUCGUCAGAUCCAGACACAGAUCCUCUUCGGGAGGAAGAUGAAUAAGCUAGCCAAACCCGCGCAUGCUCCGCUCUGUGCAAUCACCAACCAUCCCGCCAAAUAUCGAGAUAUCAAGACGGGACUGCCGUACGCUAAUACGUACGCGUACCGGGAGAUACAACGCGUGUACUGUGGUGACUACAAGUUCAGUCGCCUCGCCGGCGCGUACGUCGGCAGCGACAACUACGCGGCAAGCGGCGUCCCGGAUAGGUUCCUAGACCCGACAAAAAAGCGCGUGGAGCCUGCCCUUGUGCCCAAGGAGGGCGAUGGAGUUGCCAAAAAGGAGGAAGAGACAGGGCCUCAAACCCAAGAGCUCGAAGGGGCGCCAAUGGAGGAGCCUAGGCUGGUACCUGUCCUGGAGCCAAAGGCGCCCGUGGCCUUUGCUGUAGAGACGACGAUGCCACAGACGACGAUACCGCGGCCCCAGUUCGCUCCGAUAGAACAGCAGCCGUCCAUGCCGCCCGAGUUUCAAAACGCCGACGAAAGAAAAGGCGCAAACCCUUCAGCACUUGUCGCAUGACAGCCGAGCCGCGCUACAGGGUCCAGCACCUACCUCUAUUUCGGAUCAUAUUGUCUUUGGAUGAACAAGGAGCUGGUGGGUGGAGCGAGCUUGAAAAGCCGUGAUGCCCGAUAGGGUCUUCAUGAGCAGAGUACAUGUCUGCUUUACUUGAUGUAUAAGGUAUACAGGCCUUUUUGGAGAUUACUGCAUUAAACACAGGCCAUUCAAGGCCAGAGUAGCUUAGAGCGGAAGACAAAAUUAUGGAAGACCGGGCAACAUGGUUGUAAGACUGAGAG